CGAGAUGGCGGUGGUGGAAUGUGUGGCUGCCGGUGCCGAGCUGGAGGAUUCGGACGACGACUGGUACCUGGGCUGUGACGGCCUUGAGGACAUGAAUAUAACGCCGGUGAAGGCAUAUGAAAUGAAAAAUAGCUCAAGGGACAAGUUGUUAGUGUUUGAACCAAAAAACAAUAAAGAGGCAAGCACAUUGAAAGAAGCUUUAUCAUCACAAGAUACAUGUUUGGUUGAACAAAUUCUGAACUCUGGUGUUGACGUGGAGACACGUUUUAGUUUUGGAUGGACUCCUUUGAUGUAUGCUGCAAGCAUUGCUAACUUUGAAAUUUGUCGCUGCCUUCUCGAUAGAGGUGCUAAUGCAAGUUUUGUGAAAGAUCAGUAUACGGUGUUGAUGGCUGCCUGUGCUAGCAGUGAGUCAGAAGAAAAAGUGGUGAAGUGUGUAGAGUUGCUAUUAUCUAGAAAUGCAAUCCAAACACUACAGCAGGUACGAGCACUUACUCUAUAA